AUGAAAACCCGUAAUGGAAAAACAUUGAACACCGAGAAUGCGGACUCGGGGAGCUCUCUGUCGCCGCGAGCGGAACGGCCCGACGUCGGUGAACCAUACCAACAACAGACGUCGUCCAUGAACGUUAACAGACGCUCGACAAAACGACAAAACAGACCUAAAAGAGUCUCUCAAAGGCGCAUACAACGUGCUCGAUCGGAAAAAGUAAUAACGGCCCGGAAUGUCGGGUUUAUUAACUCCGAAGCGCUGUACGCGAUCACGACUACCACUCCGUCCACGGACCGCGAAACUGUAGAACUAUUGCUGACGGUAACUAAAAAGAAGCUAAUGAACGUCAUACGCAGGAAAGGCCCCGUUUCCGAGAUCGCGUUGUAUUUCUCUAAGCGGAUGAUAGCAAAAUUAAAAAACCGUCGUAAUCGCGUUCAAUAA